CAACCCCGAACUAGCAAGAGAGAGAAAGAGAGAGAGAAACUCGAAAGGUCCUCUCCGAUAGAGAGAGAGAGAGAGACAGGGAGAGCGAGCGAGCGAGCGAGCGAGUCGAAGAUCCGAUCGGAGCUGAAGCGCGGCGGCGAUUCCGCAGCCCUAAUCCGGUGGUGGUUGCUGGUGGCGGCGGUGUGGUGGUUCUUCCCCGGGUUUGUGGAGUUACAUGUAUGGCUUCGGGGCCUGUGGUUGGAGGUGAUGACGGAGCGAGGGAGAAGCAGAGGUAUGCGGAGAGCAAAGUCUACACGAGGAAAUCAUUCAAGGGACCGAAAAAGGACGCCCCUGCCAACAAUACCAAUACCGUCCCCAACGCCGACGCCGAUGCUACGAACGCCCCUGCCGUGAACCCGGGCAACGAUAUCGAGAACCACGAAGAUGGAAACGGGGAAAAGGACGUUCCUUCUCGAACUAUUGCUUCCGAGGAUGAUAACUCCGCGCAGCAACCGCCUAGUUCCCGCGUGGACGUUGCCUCAGAAGAUUCGGGUGCCAACCAGCAAGAACCUGCGGCGCCGAGUCCCCGAGAACCUCCUUCCGGUAACGGUUCCAUGGUGACGACGGGUCUCGACGGUAAAGUUAAGAUUAAUUUAUCUUCGCGGUCGAAGCAAGAAAUCCGUGAUCUGCGGAGGAAGCUUCAGAGCGAGCUUUAUACGGUGAGGAACUUGGUGAAGAAGAUUGAGGACAAAGAGGGACAGAAUAUCGGUUUCAGUAACUCCCGUGUGUUGGCGAGUGAUGCAGUUGAUAAUGGUCCAAGAAUGGUUCACUCUGAGGUGGGCUCGGUUGGAGUUACUCCUCGUGAGAAUCGGGCUUUGAAUCAGCUGAGCAUAUCUGUUUUCGAGAAUAGUCAGGGGAUGACCGAUAGUUUGGAGAAGGAGAAGAGGACACCAAAGGCUAACCAGUUCUACAGGAAUUCUGAGUUCUUGCUUGCAAAGGAUAAGUUUCCACCUGCUGAGAGCAACAAGAAGUCAAAAACGAAUGGGAAGAAGAAAGGUGGGGAGGUAAGAAGUGGGUUGGGGAUGGGAACUAAAUUCUUCAAGAGUUGCAGCUCUUUGCUCGACAAGUUAAUGAAACAUGAAUAUGGAUGGGUGUUUAACACUCCAGUUGAUGUAAAGGGCCUCGGUUUGCAUGAUUACUAUAGCAUCAUAAAGCAUCCAAUGGACUUGGGUUCUGUGAAGACAAGGCUGAACCGGAACUGGUACAAGUCGCCGAAAGAAUUUGCUGAGGAUGUUAGACUUACGUUCCGUAAUGCCAUGACAUAUAACCCCGAAGGGCAAGAUGUUCAUGUCAUGGCUGAGAUUCUGUACAAGAUAUUUGAGGAUAGAUGGGCCAUUAUAGAGUCAGAUUACAAUCGUGAAAUGCGGUUUGCAUUAGACUACGACAUGGGUCUUCUUACACCAACAUCAAGAAAGGCAUUUCCUCGGCCCCCUCCACUAGAUAUGAGAAGGUUAUUAGAUAGGUCUGAAUCUAUGACGCAUCCGUCUGAUAUGAGGUCGAAACCAUUUAGUGUCACUCCUUCUGGUAGGACACCUGCACCUAAAAAGCCCAAGGCAAAGGAUCCUCAUAAAAGGGAUAUGACAUAUGAUGAGAAGCAGAAACUUAGUACAAAUCUCCAGAAUUUGCCUUCUGACAAGCUGGAUAACAUAGUGCAGAUCAUCAAGAAGAGAAAUUCGUCUCUUUUUCAACAUGAUGAUGAAAUUGAGGUGGACAUUGACAGUGUUGACACUGAGACUUUGUGGGAGCUUGAUAGGUUUGUCACAAACUAUAAGAAGAGUUUAAGCAAGAAUAAAAGAAAAGCUGAACUUGCCAUGCAGGCCAGGGCAGAAGCACAGCAGAAUGUUUCUGAUAGGGAUCAGGCCACUGUUGUGGUAGAGGCACCAAAAGAAGCUGACACAGGUCAGAAGAUUGUUACGUCCUUGCAGCCUGUUCAAUCGGAAGGACAUGGACCUAACUCAAGUAGGUCAAGCAGUUCAAACUCCUCUAGCAGUGAUUCUGGUUCAUCCUCAAGUGAUUCAGAUAGUGACAGUUCCUCAGCUUCAGGAUCUGAAGCAGGGCAUUCACCAAGGACCUGAAUAUGUUUGUUCAGAUCGUAGGAACUUAGAUAGGCGCAAUUUACUGGGCAACAAGACAUGAUGCUUGGGAAAUAUAUGGAAAUCAUACACUCUGCAAAGGAGUGAGAUUGUUGCUUGCCGUUUGACCUUAUGGUCAAGAAUUUGUACAAUAUAGGAUAGGCUAUGGUGACAUUAGAUAGGUUUUUCUUUUUGUGGUAGUACAUGUACAUUGCUAACUAUUGUUGCUGGGUCUUGCUGGACCCUGUGACAUGUUUGAAGCUUCUGCUCCUCUAGAUUCAGGAUUCUUUUGUGUAUACAGAAAAUUGUGACCCUAGUUCCUGAAGUAACGAUUGCUUCGUAAUUGCUUCACAAUUAUUUCUCUUA